UUUAGUUACGUUUAUCUGUUGAAUAGUUUAUCAUGUUAACCAUUGUCACCAAGUCCAAAACUCCUACCAUUAAAAAUAAUUAAAAUUAAAAAAUUAAAACAAAAAUAAUAAAUAAAAUAAUGGAUACUAAUUUCACAUUACUAAAUAUGAAUAAGAAUAUCUCCUUAAUUCCUCUAAUUCAUUAUUCUUUACCAUAUAAACUAGUAGGUACCAUUUCAUUAUUAGUUAUUUUAACAGUUGGUGUUAUUGGAAAUAUAUUUGUUAUGUUAGUAUUAACAUUAUCAUCAAAAUUGCAUACACCAACAAAUUGUUAUCUUAUUUCAUUAUCAGCUAGCGAUUUACUUGUUUUAAUGACAAGUACAACAUUAAUGGUACAAGAAUUUUAUCAACCAUACAAUCAUUGGAGACUAGGAAAUUUUGCCUGUCAAUUAAGUGUUUGUUUACAAUAUUUAAGUGUGGAUGCUUCAGCAUUAUCUAUAUGUGCAUUUUCUGUUGAAAGAUGGGUUGGAAUUUGUUAUCCAAUGCGUGCACAUUAUAUGUGUACCAUUAAAAGAGCAAUUAAAAUUAUUACUGGAAUAUGGAUUUUUACAUUAACAUACAAUAUACCAUGGAUUUUUAUGAGUACUACAGUUAAACAAUAUUCAGAAUAUGGUUCAUUUGAAACGUGUACAUUCAAAUUUAAGCGAACAGCUUAUAAAGCUAUUUAUAUGUGUGAUUUAAUAGUAUUUUAUGUUUUACCGUUACUUAUUACAUCAGUAAUGUACUGUCAGAUAAGUUGGCGGUUAUUUCGUACAGACAAUAAAGGAAUAUCUCUUGUUGGACAACAGAUAAAUUUCAAUCAAAUCAUAUCAUCAGGUAAAACAGAACGUUCUUAUGCUACGAUUAGUGAAACACAACACAAUUUGAAAUUACGUAAAGUAAUUAACAGAGCAAGGGCCAGAAGACAAGUAGUAAAACUGUUAAUGAUUAUUGUAGUGUUAUUUGCAUCCUUCUGGUUACCAUACCGUUCAAUGGUUGUAUACAAUAGUUUCUCACUUUAUGGAUAUCAUGAUCUAUGGUUUCGUAUGUUUUCACGUAUUAUGGCAUUCCUAAAUUCAGCUGUCAAUCCAAUUCUGUACAAUGCUAUGUCACGUAAAUUUCGUCGUGCUUUGAAACGUCUGUUAAAAUGUCAUAAAGUAAUAUAAAUAAAAAUGCAGUUUCUACUAGAAAACUCAACAAUACACUUUAUAUAUUACAAAUGCAUAUUUUUUGAAUAAAUAAAUAUAAUAAAAUGUUGAUAUUUCGGUGUUACAUUGAUUACCUAGAAAGUAUGAAGACGCUAAACAACCUUCUCAUUCAAAUCAAUGACAAAAUUUAUCGGUGUGCCCAUAGUUCCAGAAUAAUAUCGUUUUAUCUCUUUUCCGUGAGCACAGCUGUUCAUAUCUAUGUGGACUGAUGAUCUUUCAACGAAAACUUCUUAAGGAUCCAAAUGAAGUCCAAACUCCAGCUAAUCGAAAGAAGUCAGUCAUCCUCACUGUAAAGCCCGGUGACAAUUUCUAUCAGUACACGUUGUUACUCUCCAAAUUGGAACAUAACGGAAAGGAAUUUACCAAAAUAGGAGUGAUGAACAGGAAAUAAACUCAAAUCUAAUGGGCGACGAUGUAGUCCAAUUGUAGAAAGUAAUAUUGCAAAAGGAAUUCGGGGUAGGGAUAGGUGGUUGUAAGACAUAAGUAAUAAGUCAUAACCACCUAUGUGGAUGAAUACAAAUAGACAUUUAGUAUUCUAAGCAGACAUUCUUAGUAACAAUGACAUUUACUACAACUAAGUAUGUAGAAAUGCUUUAGUGUAUACCUCACAUAAACCUUCUAUAGAUCUCUUUAGCCACUAUUAGUCUAUUACAUUGCAUAAAGACUGAUAAAAAUGUUCCUUGAAUGCUUGAGUUUUCUACUGAUAUCUUCCCCUUCACACCUGUUUGACAACUUUGGGAAAUAAUUAAUCCAUAUAAAGCAAAGUAUUUAUAUCCAUUCAUUUGUGUACAGGCUAGCUUUUAAUUAUAUUACUUCAUAUUUAGAAAACCAUGAUAUUUUAGGCUAGUGACCUGUUCAGUACCCAACUUAUAGUUAAAUAAUCUGAUGAGAAAAUUCAGGCUUUAAAAUAUCAUGUCGCUGUAGCCAUCUUUGCAGAAUUUAAUUCAAUUCGGGAAGAUAGAGUAGUGAUUUGUUUAUAAGAAGCCAUAGGACAGACCAAAGAAUUUUUCGAACACCUUCUAACGAUAAAAAUGAUUUCCUAGUUCUCAACUCUAUAAAUGGAAGUAGAUUUGAUUGUCAAAGGCGAAGUCAACAAAAAAAACCGUAAAUUUGCUGUUCAAUAAAUAACCUACAGAAGCUCUUACCAUAAAGCUGUUUACAUUUCAAACAGUUUUGCAUCAUGCUUAUUAUUAUG